AUGUCCAAGGUAGCCAAGUACCGCCGGCAGGUGAGCGAGGACCCCGAUAUCGACAGCCUGCUGUCCACCCUGUCUCCCGAGGAGAUGGAGGAGCUGGAGAAGGAGCUGGACGUGGUGGACCCCGACGGCAGCAUCCCCGUAGGGCUGCGGCAGAGAAACCAGACGGAGAAGCCGUCCACCGGCACGUACGACCGGGAGGCGAUGCUCGACUUUUGUGAGAAGGAGACCAAAAAGCUGAUUCAGAGGGAGAUGUCCAUAGACGAAAGCAAGCAAGUGGAGACCAAGACUGAUGCCAAGAAUGGAGAGGAGAGGGGCAGAGAUGCCAGCAAAAAAACCCUGGGCCCUAGACGGGAUUCGGACCUUGGGAAGGAGCCAAAAAGGGGUGGCUUGAAGAAAAGCUUCUCUAAAGACAAGGAUGAGAUGGACGGCAAAAACAACGAGAAGCCCAAGGAGGAGAAGAUCAUCAGGGGUAUUGACAAGGGCCGGGUCAGAGCUGCGGUGGACAAGAAGGAGGCAGGCAAAGAUGUCAGAGGGGAGGACAGGGUUGUGGCUACGAAGAAGGAAGAGGAGAAGAGGGGGAGUGGCCAGAACGCAGGCUUGAGCAGAGACAAGGAGAAGAAGGGAGAGGAGCUGAAGGAGACAAGCAAGAAGGAGGAUAAAGAGAAGGGAAAGGGCGAGAGUGGGAAGACAGAUGCCAAGAAAGAGGACGAGAAGUUGAAAAGAGGAAAUGGGAACGCAGAGCUCAAGAGGGAGGAUGAGAAGGCCAAGAGAGGCAGUGGGGCCACAGACACCAAAAAAGAGGAGGAGAAGGUCAAGAAGAGCGAGUCCCCGAGCGAGAGCAAGGCCAAGGCCCCGGAGGGAAGCAGUUCUGAGAAAGGCAGCCCCGCCAAGCCUGCCGAAGGCACCGCCAAGCGUGCGGAAGGCACCGCCAAGGUGGAGGAGGAGGCUGCCCCCAGCAUAUUUGAUGAGCCGCUGGAGAAAGUGAAGAACAACGACCCGGAGAUGAUAGAAGUGAAUGUCAACAACUCGGACUGCAUCACCAACGAGAUCCUGGUGCGCUUCACCGAGGCGCUCGAGUUCAACACGGUGGUAAAGGUGUUCGCGCUGGCCAACACUCGCGCCGAUGACCACGUGGCCUUCGCCAUCGCCAUCAUGCUGAAAGCCAACAAGACCAUCACCAGCCUCAACCUGGACUCCAACCACAUCACGGGCAAAGGCAUCCUGGCCAUCUUCCGGGCCCUGCUGCAGAACAGCACGCUCACCGAGCUCCGCUUCCACAACCAGCGGCACAUCUGCGGCGGGAAGACGGAGAUGGAGAUCGCCAAGCUGCUCAAGGAGAACACCACGCUGCUCAAGCUGGGCUACCACUUCGAGCUGGCCGGGCCCCGGAUGACCGUCACCAACUUGCUCAGCCGCAACAUGGACAAGCAGCGGCAGAAGCGGCUGCAGGAGCAGAGGCAGGCCCAGGAGGCCAGUGGAGAGAAAAAGGAUCGGCUGGAGGUGCCCAAGGUGGGCGCCCUGGCCAAGGGCUCCCCUAAGCCGUCACCCCAGCCCUCUCCCAAGCCCUCACCAAAGAACUCACCCAAGAAAGGGGGUGCUCCAGCGGCCCCACCGCCGCCGCCACCUCCUCUGGCCCCACCCCUGAUCAUGGAGAAUCUGAAGAACUCACUCUCACCAGCUACCCAGAGGAAGAUGGGAGACAAAGUCCUCCCUGCCCAGGAGAAGAACUCACGCGACCAGCUACUGGCCGCCAUCCGCUCCAGCAACCUCAAGCAGCUCAAGAAGGUGGAAGUGCCUAAAUUGCUUCAGUAA